AGUUCAUGUUACUAGAUUGGUCCUAUUCAGAUCCUAUUUUGCGUAGAUCGUGACCUCCACGCCCUACGCGCCCUCAGAUUGAGUGUCUCUAGCCCAUUAAAAGGGGCGUCGAGUCCUUGAAUAUUCUUGAAAGCGCCAUGAAAGAGACAAGUCGUCUAUCGCAAGGAGCAGUCAUUGCCUACAGCCGUGUCGCAGAACAGGAGGUAACUCUAUCAAAUAAUCUGCGCCUAGCCCCAGUCAAUUCAUUACCAUCUCAGCUUACAAUCGUACUAUGGACCCAUCUGUGUUCUGGAACCCCCACAAGUACGAUGGUUUUAGGUUCUUAGAAGGUGAUAAAGUUACUCCCUUCCGCAUAGUCGAUAACGAUGUGCUCAGUUGGGGUACUGGGAGAUGGGCCUGUCCCGGCCGUUUUGUCGCUAGCAUUAUUGCGAAAUCAGUCUUAGUGAAGAUCAUAGAUGAGUACGAUUUUGAAUUUGUCAAUGGGAGAAAGCCACCUCUCACAUUAAUUCAUGAAUUUGGGUUCUGGCACCCAGGUAACCAGAUGAGAGUGAGACGAAGAAGAGAUGUACUGGGAAUAACAUACGGGUAAUAAAGAUGCCAUCGCUCAGGUUCUUUGGGUGGGAGAGUAUAGAGAAUUCUGUCAAAUAUAAACCCAUUGUACAUUUAUCACUGAGCUGAUCUACAUUGUGACAUAUAACGGGUUUAGUGAAACCUUGCUAAGAAAACCGUCACCCCAUGGUUCCAUUUCGAUUAUGAUUGCGCGAUACUUAGCUCUCCCUGAAGUCAUUACCGGCAUACACUCCAUCAGUAAACAUCCCAGAUUGAG